AUGGGUGACGAUCUGUUACAAUUUUUUGCCAAAAAGUCUGCUAAAGUAAAGGACAAGAAGAAAAAAGUGAAACUAAGUGUCGAUGAAGUUGGUCAGGUACUGGAAAGAAAAGCAAAACGGCAGGAAGAACGCGAUCGUGAAGAUGAGGAAGAACGACGUGCCCAAGAUGAUGCUGCUUUUUUUGAUAAACGACCUGAAGAUUCUGAAUGGCUUGAAUAUAAAGAUACAAACAAAGAGAUUGCUCUUGAAGAACUCGGAAUUCGUGAUAUGAAUUUAACUGAGCAGGCUGAAGAAGCUCUGGAAGACGAAAAAACCGCUACAAAUGAAGCCCCGAAAACGUGGAGCACUGCAGAGAAAAAGGAAUCUGAAGAAACUAUUCUACCAGUGCCUAAAAAGCAAACGACAGGUGUUUGGAAACCUCGUUGUUUGAUGCAAAAUAUUGCCAGAACGGGCACAGUGCCAAAUAUUAAUGAUCAAGAUUUAUUCCCAACUUUUGAAGCUGCGGAAAAAAUUGAAAAAUUAAAGAAGGAUGAUGAAAAGAAAAGACGAAAUGAUGGUUUUACAAUAGUGGCAUCUGAUAGGGAUUCAUCAGGUGCUUGGACGAGUAGGGGAACUUCCAAUAAUAACUGGCAACGUGCUGGUAGUGGUAGUAGUGUAUCAUCAUCGAAUGCUGAUCGUACUGCUCUGCUUUCAGCGGUUAGACAAGUAACGUCGAGUGGAGCACCAAAUCCGGUACCUCCGUCACAACCACUUCAAACAAAGAAUCCAAAUGCUUACGUUCCUCCAUCACGACGGCGUGCUCAAGCGAAUGUUACCAAAGAAAUGUCAUGA